AUGCAAUUCUUCACCACCUUGUUAGUCGCAGUUUACUGCCUAGUUCUCCAAGUUGCAGCAGCACCAACGGAAAAGAGAUACUUUUCUCCUUCCUCGCCUGUGUUUUCCUUGAUCGCCAUCCACAAGGGUGAAAAAUUCCACGCCAACUUGGUGAAAUUCAACGGUACCGCCAUCAAAUUGGGAUCGGACGACAAGGCGCUUUUCGGCACCAUCGAAGCUAGCAACGGCUACAUCUUGAACUUGCCAUUCACCAACUCUUCCAACCAAACAUCCGAAGUCAGCGUUGCCGUCUCAAACAGGACCCUCUUGCUUUCCACCACCUCCGAAAAGACCUCAGCUAGCGAACAUUUCGGUAUCAACAACGGCUGGUUGACUUUCCAAAACACCACCAGCUUCUUGGCUUGUCCCGAGAUUGUGGCUACUAAUCUCACCAGAAACGGCACCGCUAGCAACGUUACCGCUGACUACGACUUGUUCUACAACCCAUUGAACAAGACCAAGUGUGCUAACAACUUGACUGGUUACGAUGUGCAAUUGUCGGUGCAAGUUAGCACUCCAUUUUCGUUUUCACCAGAAACUAACGCCGGUGGCUGGUUCAAGAGAGACCAUCUCGUUAAGAGAGUCGUCAAGUUGUUCACUUGA